GGUUCAUACAUGUAGGGAUUUUCCCUAUGACGAAAUCCUCAGGAUAAGUCUGGGGGAUUCCCCAAUCUGCCUUCAGAAAUAUCACUCUAGAAGCAGCCCCAGCUUCACUCUGCUCUUACAGUCCAUCCUGCAGAGAGGCACAUUGUUGUUGCUCUGUGAUCUGAAGCAGUAAAAGCCAUGUCUUUGGGAGUCUGCGCUCUGCUCGUCAUCCUGUGCAAUGGUGAUGUGUACCUGUGCUUUGCAGUUUGGUGCUUGAUCUGUGGGACUUCUGUGAUGAUGCCAGAUGUUGCUGUGAGGUGUGCUGAGGAAGUGGUGCUGCCCUGUAAAGCUCUUCAGGACUCCUCAAUCUCCUACCAGACAGCGUCUUGGUACAAAAUGGCAGGAGACAGUGAAGGAAUAGCAUGGGAAGUCCUUGAUAUGGAAUCUCAUUUUCCACGAGAAGCUGGGGCGUCCUUGGAGCUCUCCAAUGACACCUUCUUUUCACUGAGGAUCAAAAAUGCGACCAGCCGAAACAGCGGGACGUACAAGUGCACUUUGGGAGAGCAGAACGGAGAACGCAAUCUGAGCAGCACAGUCACAUUGAAAGUAACAGGUUGCCCUGGAAUAGAAGAGGACAAACUAAAAAAAUACAAAGGCGAGCUCUUCAUGCUGACUUGCCUUGGGAUUUUUUACUUGCUGCUCAUCUUCUUUACUUGUACAUGUCUAAGAAAAGAGAGUAUGUCUCCCAAUUACCAGAAAACCAGACCAGAUAUGAAGCACAUGCUUACCCUCAUCAAUGUACAUGAAAUAACAACUUUCCAUCAUUUAAACAGCGACAGCACUUGCAAAAAUGAUCUUACUUCAAGUUCUGUCUAAGUUGACGUUGAUGGCACUGUGGACUCAUCAGUAAACACAAACUGGAUGGCUGAGUGGUAUGGAGAGGAAAUAAAUGGUAAUAUGUGGUCUCUUCAGAACAGCCUGAAAGUACAGGUACCUUGUCAGUGAGCUGCUUGUGCUGGACAAGCCUUUGACACGCACUGUUACGCACUGUUACACACUACGGCAAAUUUUGAGACUUAGCUAAAAAAUACCUUUACAGCUACACAACAUGUUACAAUGCUGUUAUGAGGUUGGUAUCAACUUUAUUUCACUCUGCUGUGAAGCCCUCCUUUUCUGAGCAAGAACAUGCUUCUAACAUGAAGACUGAGUUGUAGGGAGGCCAUGGCUGUGCAAAGCAAGCAGAUGAAGCUCUUCACUGGACUGAUAUCUUCCACCUUUCCAAAGUAAACAGCAGGUGCUGUGGUAUGAAAAGAAAUGUGUGCAGGGCUGUCUCUGCUCUGAUGCUGGAUGGAGUUCUUUUGCUGCAAAUGAGAUUUAAUCCAUCAUGUGAUGUUCAAGUAGGUUGACGGGGUAACUUCAUGCUCUUGCACUGGAAGGAUCAAAGCAACAUUCACUCUUAAAUCUUAGAGUGACAGACAGGCUGAGAAGGAAGAAGAUUUUCUCAAAAUCUUUCUGGAUUGAAUGAACUUUUUAUCUCAGAAGGAAUAAUAGGGACAUAUUUUCCAGAUUAAUCUAUAGGAAGCUUCAAUGAGACUGUUUAUCUCAAAAAAGAAUGAAGAAGACUGUGAUAUUAAGGACAUGUAAAGAUGAAUUAUUGUGUGGUUUACAAAACAUGGAGCCAAACAUAUGCAACACUUAUGUCAGUCAAGUUACACGAGGGAGGACCGAAGCCAUGGCUUGGAAGAAAUCAACCAACCAUGUCUUUGGGAUGUACUAAGUUAGCUAUGAUAUAGAGGAAUGGAAGAUGGGACAUAUGAGCUUUUGGUGUUGGCAGUGUAUGUACGUGAAAAAAGAACAUGAAAAAGCUGAACUCAAGCACACUAUGAAGGGGAGAAAAGAUUUGUCCUUUUGGACCAAACUGCAAGUGAUCCUAGGCUCUAAAUCCAAGGAACCUUCCUCUAUUGAAUUGCUAGUGCAGAAGGUGAAGGAAGAGGACUCUAAAGUGACUGCAGUUCAUGCCAUAAUGUCAGCAUUUGAGCCCAAACAUCAGAACUUGCAUAUCCUCAAGAGCACAGUCUUAAAAAAAAUACUUCAAGAACUGACCAGUAACAUUUUUAAUGCAGUUUGGAAUUCCAGGCUGUUGACAAAAAGAUCUUUUGACUAAUCCUUUGACUAAUUUUGAAGUGUUGAUGGCAAGAAAGCUGUACAUCACUCAGCACUGGCUCUGUGAGCAGGGUAGAUGCCUGCAUUGAGGAAGUCCAAGAGGCUCCUGACCAGAAUGACUUCUAGUUACAAGGGAUAUGCAAAUUACUUGGAACAUAGUAAAAUAAUGCCACAUUGUUUUGUUGGGGUUUUUUUCUGUAAUUUUUACAUUUAAAUGUGUGUAGGAUACUUGAAAUAAAAAUUCAGAG